AUGGUGAGGGACGAGGAGCUGGUGCGACGGCUUAGGGUUUCUGGAUUUGUGGAGGUUAGAGAAGGAGGAAAGAAAAUGGUGAGGGUGUGCGAUGAAGAUGGAGGAAAGUUGAUUUCAGAAACAGAAAUAAAAGGUUGUAAGGAUUUAUUUCAUGAAAUGUUUUGUGAAAAACCACAUCAUCUUUCAAAUGUUGUACCACAAACUAUUCAAGCAGUCGAUUUACAUGAAGGCGAUUGGGGUACCGUUGGCUCAAUUGUUAACUGGAAUUAUAAGGGGGAGAAGAAGGUUGUUAAGGUGGUUGUUGACGACAUAAACAAGGAAAAAAGGUUAGUGACAUUCAAGGCAUUUGAAGGUCAUUUGAUAGAGGAAUACAAGGCCUUCAAAGAAACUAUUCAUAUUGAGAAUGAAGGAGAUAACAACGUGGUUAUAUGGACUAUUGAAUAUGAAAAGAAAAAUGAAGACAUUCUAGAACCCUUCUCUUAUUUGCAAUUAGUCACUAAUCUAACCAAAGAUGUUGACACUCAUCAUGUCAACCAGUAA